AAAUAGUCCUUUUUUUUUAAAUAUACUGUUUUCCAUAUUAAUUGCUCGCCACAAAUCCGCAUCAUGGUUAUAUGUCGACACUGAGACUCGAUCGCGUCUCUUUAUGGGCAAGUGACGUUUCCAUACUCUUGUGUGUGUGUCUCCCUCCUCUGUGUUGGUGGGUGUGUGUUCGCGAGUGUGUGAGUGUGUGUGUGUGUGUGUGUGUGCGCCUCCCCGACGCUCCACAGCCCCGUGGAGCUGUUGUUUCCCAGAGAGCAGUCAGGACAAUCGGACGAACUGCUGGAUUAGCGCGACAAAAGAGAAAGCGCGAUCUCUGCCUCCCACUCAUCCCGGCGCUCCUCGUUGCUAUCGGAACCCGUGUAUACGCUGCGUCUUUCUGGGGCGAAGAUCCUUUUUUUUGGGACCGGUUUUCGCGGUGGCGCACGCACGGACCGAUAUGGAUUUACCGCUGUCUAGACGAGACUCGCCGCCUUGCCCUGCGCGAAAGUUUUGAGUGCCAGCGCUGCUCGCGGAGCCCCCGGAGCGCAGAGCAGAAAGAGACAAAGUGGGAGAAAGCGCACAAGUUUUUACGCACGCAGCCUUUGUGGGAACCGGUGGUCACAUGUGAGGACGUUUGGAGACGUUUCGCCGCUCUGCACUGAAUCUCCCAUGGGGUGACCCACAUCAAGCUUCUAAGACGCAACUGUGGGACAGGCAGUCUCCCUCGCGGCCUAGGCCUGCUUCCUGUCCUGAGAGGCGAUGAUAAUCUGCGUAGACACUCUUCACGACUCCGCUGUGUGAAUGAAUCUUUGCCGUAAAGCCACCGUGCUCUGCCAGCCCGUCACCAUGAGGAGCAAGUAUUCCCAGUAUUACAAUGAGAGUCUCAUCCGCGCCUACUAUGCGUUCGCAAAGAACAAGACCACGCAUGAGCUGAAUGAGUACUAUCGGAAUAAAAAGCAGCUCAACACCCUCAACAUCGUCAUCGUGGUCCUCUGCACCAUCAUCAUCCUGGAGAAUCUGCUGGUCCUCCUCGCCGUCUGCCGCAACAAGAAGUUCCACUCCGCCAUGUUUUUCUUCAUCGGCAACCUGGCAUUCUCUGACCUGCUGGCAGGCUCGGCCUACAUAGCCAACAUUUUUCUAUCAGGGUCGGCGACCUUUGACCUGGUGCCUGUGCAGUGGUUCAUCCGGGAGGGCACCGCGUUCAUCGCUCUGGCGGCUUCUGUUUUCAGCUUGCUGGCGAUAGCUAUAGAGCGCUACACAGCUAUUACCAAGGUGAAGGUGUACGGCUCCACUAAAACGUGCCGCAUGUUCCUCCUGAUAGGAGCAUGUUGGGUCACCUCCAUCCUACUCGGAGGACUACCCAUCAUCGGCUGGAACUGCAUCAACAACCAGCCUGAAUGCUCGGCCGUGUUGCCCCUCUACUCCAAGAAAUACAUUGUCUUUGUCGUCACCAUUUUCAGCCUCAUAUUGCUCUCUAUUGUCAUCCUUUAUGUGAAGAUCUACUUGAUUGUACGCUCCAGCCACCAGGAAGCAACCAACUCACCGGCCUAUGCCCUUUUGAAAACAGUCACAAUAGUGCUGGGUGUCUUCAUCAUGUGCUGGCUGCCAGCUUUUAUCAUCCUCCUCCUAGACUCAUCCUGUGGCAUACAGUUCUGCAAUAUCCUCUCCAAAGCAGACAUCUUUUUUGGCUUUGCCACUCUGAACUCAGCUCUUAACCCAGUCAUCUACACGCUGCGCAGCAAGGACAUGAGGAAGGAGUUUCUGCGUGUGCUGUGCUGCUGGGGGGUGCUGCAUAGCGGGCGGCCCAAUGACCGCUGUCUGGUCCCUCUAAAGAGCUCCAGCUCCCUGGAACACUGCACGAACAAACACGAACACCAGAGCAUACCCAUCAUGCAAGAUUGUACCACCUGUGUCUAAUUUGGUGCAAACACAUCAGUGUGCUUGUGUGUGCUUGUGUGUGCUUGUGUGUGUGUGUGUGUGUGUGUGUGUGUGCAUGUGUGUGUGCGUGUGUGUGUGUGUGCGUGUGUGAGAGUGAGAGUGAAUGUGUGUGUGUGAGUUAAAGCAGAGAGGCUGUGAUGAGAUAUUAUAGAGAGCAAGCCGUGGACUGACAUGUGUGGCGAGGCCGGAGUGCGGCAGUGUGUAGUGACACAUUCUCCAAUGCAGACUUUCAUUACAUAAAACCUGUGUGAAUUCACAAUCAUCAUUCAAACAAUUCACCCAUUCACUGGGUGUAAAAACACAAUGUUUCAAGAGGAAACUAAUGUAAAAGGAGAGAACUUUCUGAAAUGUGAAAAUAGCUUUUUUAAAAUAUAGGUACUCCCAUUAGUUAAUAUGGAGUGGCAUACCAUUUUAAUGUAUAAGCCUGUCAUCUUGUUUUUCUUUCUACACAUGUAAACCCCUAUUAAAAGCCAAAAAAUGGAACAAUAGCAUGCAUUAUAUCGUAGAUAUGGUGAGUUGUUAUGGGCCUUUCAGGAACUGCAUCAAUGCAAAGCUUGCAAAAUUGCACUUUGUAGAUUACUUUCGUGAUUGUUGUCCUUUGUGAGGUUUAACCACAUUACUCUUCCUCUGUAAUAUGUGUUAACAUUAGGCCUUUAGAUUCAUCGCUCGUUCUUGACUGAAGCGAAGGCAUGAUCAGCUCCGCUCAACACGGCGCUCCACAGAAGCCAUACUAGCACGAGUCUCCCCCCACCAAACCAGGGCUAUAUAUCCCCUAUAUAACCUUGCAUCUGAUAAAUCUGCUUACAUUUAAUGCAUGGAAUCCUAACUCUUUUGUAAGCACUAAUGUGUAUGAUAUAUUCCAGCUCCAGCCUCCAUCAUUAACACCCCCUUCCCUCGUUUGUCCUCAUAAUCUGCCCCUCUCGCUUUUACUGUUGUCUUUUGUAUCUGAACAGUUUCCGUGGAGGAAGGCCUAAUCAGAAAGCACGUUUCCUGAAGUGAGUUGGCACUGAUGAAUUUUACUCAUUGACAGCUGUCCAGCAGCUUUGACUCAUGGGACCGAUGUCCUGACAGUGUUGUAGCAACGUAGCCGCGAUGUGCUGUCUCUGUUUGCGCCUUCCUCUCUGGGAUUGAGGCUGAAUGUAUGUAUGAAGUGUUCGGGGCCGGCGCUCCGUUGUUGACAGUAUUAUUGAUCAUCAUUUUUAAAUAACCAAGUCACUGACGAUCGGAGAGUGGGAUGAAUAGAGUAGAUCACUCUCACUGUGAAUUCUUAAAUAGCACCAUGAACAAAAAUAUUGUUGUGAACUUCCUGGUUUAAUUUGCUAGCCAUGUGUCGCGUGUAACUUUACGCGUCUCGUCUUUCCGAAGAUCCCUCGCCUCCCCUACAAAAUAAGAGAAGUUCUUGUUCCAAACACACAGGGGAGUGUGUGUGUGGGGGGGUCGUCUUUAAUUUCUGACAUCCUACAACUCGUAACUUCCUUCAGCCAUAGGAAGUCCGGUUUUUCAUUGUCCGGUUCCUGUUGUUCAGGGUUACACUAACCUUCUUCCUGUAGACACACGUUUAAAAUCCUCCUCACCCUCAGUUUUUGUUCAUAUUGACAUUUAGAUGGCCAAGUAGAAAUGGUGAAAAGCACUUUGGCAGCUUCAGUGAUGUUUGCGUUCCCCCAGGGUUUUUUUUCCCGAUGGAGAUUUGUUUUAAUCUAUGUACCUAUCUCUUCAUUGUGUUGCCUGAUUCUAUGAUUUUUUUUGAUAAAUAUAUAAAAAAACUAUGUAUGUCUGUAAGUAUGUAUGUAUUUUUGUACAGUAUGUAUGAUUUGUGUUGUAUGAAAUGUCUCGUGUGCAAUAGCCUUGUGUGUCCAGUAGCACGCUGCCUGUGUUAAACCGGUACAAUCUGAAACACUAAUGUUGGUACAUAAACAAUUUUUGUAAUUGCAUUCCCUUUUUAUAAAAUAAAUGAAAUACUGAAAUAAA